UAUCUCUCUCUUGCUCGGCAAACUCGUAGUUUUGCUUCUAUUUGCCCCCAAAUUCGAUCUCUAGGGUUUUUGUUUCUACCUCUCGAGCAAACCCUAGGGCGCUCGAAAGAGGCUGUUUGAUCAUUUCUGCCACACUGUGGCGACGAUGGGGCACAAUGGCGAUGAUGCUCCUCGAGUAAUUUCAUUGUUGAAAGAACUCGGGGGAAGGCCGAAGGAAGAAUCACUUGGAAUGGUUCCAAUUUUGUUGUCAUCUUUAAAAAGUGAUGAUCCUCGUGUUGUCACACAAUCUAUUAUCAGUGGGACAAGUUUAUUUUGCGCUGUCUUGGAAGAGAUGGCACUCCAGCUUCACAAUUCUGGUCAGAUUGGUAGGUGGCUUGAGGAAAUAUGGGCUUGGAUAAUUAAGUUCAAGGAUGCAGUUAGUAGCAUUUUGUUUGAGCCUUGUUCUCUCAGAGCAAAAAUGCUUGCUGUCAAAUUUCUUGAAAUUUGUGUAUUGCUUUUGACAUCUGAUGUCAGUGGUGGUGAAGUACCAUCUAUAGAAGGAAAAGAUGGAAGCUUCAAUAUUUCACAAUUAGUCAGAGGUCAUUCAGUUCUCACUGCCUCUGUAUUGGCAAAUGAGUCAAAUAAAGCUCUUGGCCUUUUGAUGGAGAUUUUGCAACCAAAAAAUGGCCUUCAUGGUUCACUGAAGAUUGUUAUCAUCAAUUGUCUUGCAGCCAUUGCAAAGAACAGGCCGGAUCAUUAUAGUUCCAUUCUUUCUGCCCUACUUAAUCUUGACCCUAGUGGGAACUCGAUGGGAGGUCAUCCAGCAAGCAUCCGCUAUUCUCUGAGGACUGCUUUUUUAGGAUUUCUAAGGUGCACAAAUCCAUCAAUCGUUGAGUCAAGGGACAGAUUGCUGAGAGCUUUGCAAGCAAUGAACCCAGGGGAAACAGCUGAACAGCUUAUGCGACAUGUGGAGAAAAUGUCUAAAAAUCUGGAACGCUCCCGCGAUAUAAGACCUGGCAAGGAUGAUUCACUAAGUGGGCAAGCAUUUAUCUUUGGUGAUUCAAUUAAGAAGAGGCAUAUGGUUCAAGAUGAUGAUUUUAAUGUCAACCCUGAUGGCAGGCCUGCUAAAAGAACAGGAUUUAUUGCACCUGUUAUCCCUAACCAGAAUUUUCAAAUGACUUCAGGUAUCAUACAGGAUGAUAAUGCUGCUGCUGAUGAAGGUGAUGAUGAUGAUAGUGCUCUUGGUGGUUUUUCUGUGAAAGCAUCUGUGAUGGAUAGUGAUCCGGCUCCUUUGAAUGAGAUGAUCAACAUGAUUGUUGCUCUUAGGGCAGAAAGAGAAAGAGGAAAUAGGUCGCUUGACAUCCUUGUAUCAAGAAUCGAAGCUGACCUAUUGGCAGACCUUGUAAUUGAAUGUAUGAAGAAUUUACCAAUCAAAGGCUUUCCUUUAUAUAGAAAUCAAGGAAAUGUACCUAUCAAUUCUCAAGCAUCUUCAUCCAGUCUUUCAGCACAAGCAGAGGCUGGUGUACCAGAAUCAGUUUCUGUUGAAUAUUCCACUUUAUCUUCCUCACGUGAAUUAACUACUGCUACUGUUACAAGUCCUACCAAUCUAGUUUCUGAUUUGCCUUCAUUGCCUACUAUCUCUUCUGAUGUGAAGCGUGAUCCUAGAAGGGAUCCUCGUCGCCUUGAUCCACGUCGAACUGCAGUGCCGCCUUCUGGACUGCAUUCUCUUCCUUUGAACUCGGAGGAGAAUAAUGAGUUUCAAUCUGGACUGGACCAUUCAUUAAUUAGAACAAAAACAGCUUUGGAGGUGAAUAAGGUUGAGAAUCCAGUAUCUCUGAUUUCUAAAAGUGAACCAGAGAUACCUGAGAGUCCUUUUAAAGCUAAAACUGAUGUUUGGAAUCCUAAAGAAACUUCAAUAGAUAACAGCUAUGCUGUGGAAACUGUGCAAACUUUAGAGAUUCAGGGACCUUCCAACCCUGAAGAUUCUGCAACACAGGCCAUUGAUGAAGAGCCGGUAGUGUCUACACCACCAGAUGUUACUGUCAGUGAAGAUCUCCCUAGCAGUAUGGUGGAAGCUGACCCAUGCCCAUCCCUCUCUACCACAUUGAUUUCUGAAGAUAUUUGCCAUUCAAGGCGCACUCUCCCACCAUUUAUUGAACUUAUAGAUGAGCGGAGAAGGGCAAUUAGUAAGUUGGCAAUUAUGCGAAUAAUUGGUGAUCAGCAAUCGCAAUCUACAAGUUGUAGUCAGGCACGGCUUCAAAUACUUGCACGCUUGGUUUCCCUUGUGACUGAUGGUGAUGACAUUCUGACAGUGCUACAACAAAAAAUGAGUUCAGAUUAUUACCGUCACAAGGGGCAUGAGCUUGCAAUCAAGAUUCUAUAUCAGUUAUUCACCAUCAUACACUCCGAAUUUGAUGAACAUGCAACCUCAGUUGCUUCUAGCAUUUAUGACAAUUUUCUUCUAUCUCUUGCAAGAUCAGUACUUGAUUCCUUACCAUCUUCAGAUAAGUCAUUUGGUAGACUUCUCGCUGAAGCUCCAUACCUGCCUCAUUCUGUAAUUAUGCUGUUGGAAGAUCUAUGUCAUUCGCAUGGCUAUGAUCGGAAUGGAAAAGAUACAUUUGAUGGUGAUCGUGUCACUCAAGGCCUUGGUGCUGUAUGGAGCUUAAUUUUAGGACGCCCACUCUAUCGCCAAGCGUGUCUAGAUAUUGCUCUGAAGUGCGCUGUUGAUUCUCAAGAUGAAGUUAGAGCUAAAGCGGUCCGAUUGGUGGCAAAUAAACUCUAUCCUCUAGAUUAUGCAUCAGAACAUAUAGAACAUUUUGCCAAAAGUUUACUGUUGUCUGUAGUUGAUCAAAGAGGUUUUGAAGCAGAACUCAAACAGGAAAAUUCCAAUGAAGAGAGAAAAGAAACAGGUAAUCUGGAGACUUCUUUCAGCCCUCGUGAAAAUACUGAAGUGGGAGUUUCUGGAAUGGACUCCACCAUAGGCAUCCAAUCCUUGAAGGCUGCUCCUCUUUCAACUCCCACUCAUGUCCAACAUCAAACGCCUUUGUUCUUUGCUCUUUGUUCUAAGAAGCCAAGUCUUCUUCAACUUGUGUUUGAUUUAUAUGGCCGAUCACCAAAAGCUGUUAAGCAGUCUGUCCAUCGCCAUCUCCCAGCUCUUGUGAGAACUCUUGGACCUUCAUAUUCUGAGAUUUUACACAUUGUUUCAAAUCCACCUGAGGGAAGUGAAGAUCUCAUCAUGCUGGUUUUAGAUAUUUUAACUGAGAACGUGACCCCUGCUGCUGAUCUAGUUGCAGCUGUUAAGCAUUUGUAUGAGACUAAACUAAAGGAUGCUGCUAUUCUGAUCCCAAUGCUCUCUUCUUUUUCUAAAGAUGAGGUUUUGCCUAUAUUUCCACAACUGGUUGGCCUUCCUUUGGAAAAAUUCCAGAUGGCGCUUGCUCGUAUUUUGCAGGGUUCAGCACACACAGGCCCAGCAUUGACACCUGUGGAAGUUCUGGUUGCAAUUCAUGGCAUUGUUCCUGAGAAGGAUGGGAUUGCACUUAAGAAGAUAACUGAUGCUUGCACGGCUUGUUUCGAGCAACGCACAGUUUUUACUCAGCAAGUCUUAGCAAAAUCCUUGAACCUCAUGGUGGAGCAAGUGCCUCUUCCUCUCCUCUUUAUGAGAACAAUAAUUCAAGCUAUUGAUGCUUUCCCUAAUCUGGUUGAUUUUGUGAUGGGUAUACUCUCCAAGCUUGUCGGUAGGCAGGUAUGGAAGAUGCCCAAGUUAUGGCCUGGGUUUAUGAAAUGCCUGUCUCAGACACCACCGCACUCUUACAAUGUCUUACUGCAGUUACCUACACCCCAGCUUGAGAUUUGUCUCAAUAGAUAUGGCAAUAUUAGAAGUCACCUCGCGGCAUAUGUCAAUCAACAGAACAUAGGAGCUUCUCUGCCAAGGACAACACUGAAAGCUCUCGGCCUUGUCAACGAGCGUGGGCCACUCCCAUUUGGUCAGGCCAACAUGCAUGCAUCGGAGACAAGCUCAUCAAUUCAUGGCCCAGCCCCUACGUAAUGCUCGAAAAUAAAGUCUUGGUUCAUGACCCAGGACUCAAAAAUUUCAAAAUGGAAAAGGAAGCUGCCUAAUUCUGGGAGACAAAAACGUGCUCUUUGAAAGAUUACUAUUUUUUUGUGAGACAUGCUCAGGAUGUUUCCAGGCACCAGACGAGCUUAAGAAGCGACAAAAAGAUCGUCCGGGUU